GCCAACCCGCCAAUCCCGCACUAAUGGAGCCUGCAGACCAAAAUAGCCCCCCAGCAGUGUAUGUGUUUGCGUGGUGUGUGUGUCUUAGUACUGUGUCCUGGGUGAGCUCUAAUAAUAGAGGCCCGCCUGCUCCUUUAAGAGCCUACUUGUUGCAUAUAGUCCGACUCCACAAACUACAUUUGAACAAAAAUGGUUAUCAAAGUUUUCCUCGCCUCUUCGUCGGGAUCCACUGCGAUCAAGAAGAAGCAGCAGGAUGUGGUGGGAUUCCUGGAGGCUCUUAAAGUGGAGUACGCUCAGCUGGACAUCGCCUGCAGUGAGGAGAACCGCAUGUGGAUGAGGCAGAACGUCCCGCAGGAGAAGAAGCCCUCCAAUGGCAUCCCCCUGCCCCCCCAGAUCUUCAAUGAGGAGGGAUACUGCGGGGACUAUGAGACGUUCUUCGAUGCCAAGGAGGACAACGCUGUGUUUGCCUUCCUGGGGCUGCCCCCUCCCCCCGGCUCAAAGGAAGCAGAUCAGGGUGGCAUUGUGCAGAACGGGACCCACGCUGAGGAGACUAAAGCAGAGAACGUUCCCGUUGAUGACUCAAUAGAGGUUCCAGUUGAGGAGCGAAAUGGGAAUUCACACUCAGAUGAGGAGCAGGCAGCUGAUGAGGAGGAGCUAGCAGAAGAGGAUGAAGCCAUGGAGGAAGACGAGGACAUGGCUGAGGUAGAGGAGGCGGAGCAGCAGGAGGAGGAGGCGGUGGAAGAAACAGACGAGGUCACGGAAGAAACACAGGCCCCCGUAGAGGAGGAAGAAGAAGAAGAAGAACAGGAGGAAGAGGAUUUGCAAUCAGAGGAGGAAGAAGAGCUACUACAGCUUGAGGAAGAAGAAGAAGCUGAAGUACAAGAGGAGGAAGAGGCUGAGUAGUUGACACCAGGGGGCGUCAUCGAUGUUAAAAUGUUAAUAUCCAGCCUGAAGGAGCCUCCCGUUACGUCUCUCCCUGACCCUUUGACGCUUGACCCCCCUCCACCCGUCCCCAAGGACCCCACUGGAAACUGAUGGCCAUGAAGGCGCCAAGUCAAAAGCUAAAGUCCUGACACGCAUAUCUCGUUUUCUUUUGACUGCAAUGUUGACUUAAUUUUUAUAUUUUGCCUUUAGAGACGUACUGUAAUGAAAAUGCACAGAGUAGCCAAGUGGUGUCGAGUAGCUUUUGUAAAAUGCUAUUCAGUUAUUUUGGUAAAAAUCAAACGUAUUUCUCGUGUUUUUCUUGUAGACAUUCUAGUUUUCUAACAGAGAAGAAGUGGCCUUUACAACAAAUCUUGGCUUAGAUGGUUUUGCCCCACUUCAGAUUAAAACUCACGCUCUAGUGUGUUCUGUUUAUCAGUAGUUUUACCAAUGUCGCGGAUCCUUCGAUCAAGUGAAUGUACAAAUUCAAGACUUCCUAAAGGCAACAUGAGUAAAAAUACGCACAUACUGCACCACCACUAUAGUUACGUCUGCCAAUACUGCUCUCUAAUCAAUGCACUUUGUUGAACCAUGUGACUAAGACUUGCAUGCAAUGGAAAAUGCAAUAAAGUAAACUGGUAAAAACGA